AUGGAGCGACUGGAGGAUGUAUUGAAGGAGGAAAUGGUCCAGAUACCUGGAAAAGUAACGGCUGCCUCCGAAGUCUGUGACCUCAGCCCAAGACCAGAAUUAAUGGCUGCUGCUGAAGUACAUUUCCAUUAUGAGCCCAAGACCAGAGUGGAGUUCUUGGAGAACUACUGCCAUCUCACGUUGGAUCCCAACUCGGCGUAUCAACACCUGCGUCUGUCUGAGUGCAAUAGAGAAGUGUCAUGGAGUGACAAGGCUCUGUCUUAUUCUGACCACCCAGACAGAUUCACAGACCACUACCAGGUGUUGUGUAAAGAGGAUCUGUCUGGAACCCGCUACUGUGAGGUGGAUAGGAGGGGGGAGUGUGAGGUAGCCAUCACAUACAGAAGCAUCAGCAGGAAGGGCGGAUUGGAAUGUUGCUUUGGUUCCAAUGAUCAGUCCUGGAGUUUGGUGUGUCGCAACUCGAGUUGUUCCUAUUGGCACAAUAAGAAUAGGACUGAUAUCCCUGUCCCCUGCUCCACCAGAGUAGGAGUGUAUCUGGACAGCAGGGCAGGGACUCUGGCCUUCUACAGCGUCUCGGAUACAAUGACCCUCCUCCACAGAGUCCAGACCACAUUCACUGAGGACCUCUGUGCUGGGUUUUGGGUUGGUCCUGGUUGUGGAUCAUCUGUGGCUCUGUGUUGACUGAACGUCAUAGAAUCACGUGCAUUUCAAAUCAAAUUGUAUUUGUCAAAUGCGCCGAAUACAACAGGUUUACUGGGCUUAUUUACAAGCCCUUUCCCAACAAUACGGAGUUAAAAAGUAGGAAUAAAUAGGGGGAAAAUGAAGGAAACAGUGACACAAUAAAAUAACGAGGCUAUAUACAAGGAGUACCUGUACCGACUCAAUGUGCAGGGGUACGAGGUAAUAUGUAUAUGUAGGGAAGGGUAAAAGUGACUAGGCAAUCAGGAUAGAUAAACAGAGUAGCAGCAGUGUAUGCGAAGAGUGUGAAACUCUGUCUGUGCGUGAGUGUGUGGCGUGUGUGUGUGUGUGUGUGUGUGUGUGUGUGUGUGUGUGUGUGUGUGUGUGUGUGUGUGUGUGUGUGUUGGCGUGUCAGUGUAGUAUGUGUGUGGGUAGAGUCCAGUGAGUGUAUAGAGCCAGUGGUCAAUGAAAAUAUGAAGGAAAUAUAAGACAGAUCACUUGGGAAAACUGGAGAAAGUUGAUUUGCUUAAAAUCGUGACAUGGAUGAAGGGAGUUGACACUUCAUUUAGGAGUCCUGCUGCGAAGCCGCUCUUUAUCUACAAUGUUUGAGUCCAGCUUUACUAUUGGGGAGGGCUGGGACCUAUGUUUUAAAGAUUACAUUAAUAAAUAAAAUACAUAUUUUGUUUAUAGUAUAAUUUGUAACUUGAUAAAAUAAAGAACAAAACUAAAGUUCCUGAGAGGGGGGGGGUGAGAGUUAGUAUUGGGGAGUUGUUGUUUUGUUAUGUGAGAAAAACAGGAGAUGGAAUUUGGAUGAUUGACAGUGAUUGACAGUUCUAGAUCCACUUACACUGUUGUGGUGCUUCCCCUUGACCCUGUUCCAUCCUCUGGGUUUUUGUCUUGGUUUGGUUCAGUCAAUGAAUCAAAUGUAUUUAUAAAGCCCUUUUUACAUCAGCAGAUGUCACAAAGUGCUAUAUAGAAACUCAACCUAAACCCCUAACAACAAGCCAUGCAGAUAUAGAAGCACCUUCUUGACCUUGUCAAUUGACUGUCUUUUUAAAUUACAUGGAAUGCUUUUUGAUAAAGGACAGGUUAUAGUUAGACUUUUUAUUGAGAAUAAUACAUUUGAACUUCUUACACCUCUUUGACCUGGAGCAAAAAAAAAUACAUCCCAACUUGCAACCUGCCUAUUAAAAAAAAAAGAAAUACUAUUUUAUUUUAUCCAAUUGAAUAAUAUUGACAUUUGUGACUAUUUAACCAUGUACAUUGUAUUUUAUUUUUAAACAGGCAACCAAUAGACGCCAAAGCUGACAGUACAGAGGAAAGUAGAUCUAAUGAAACAGAUGAAGAUUAGAGUGGGUCUCUGUUUCUGCUGCUUGCCCAAGGUGGUUUCAGUCUCAUGUCCGUAGUCCCUGGACAGUCAUGUGCCUGUGCAGCAGUAGCUACCGCUUUGACUUUCAUGCACCUAAGCAGUAAUAACCAUGUUGUGGCUGUGUAGUUUAGCUGCAGUGCGGUACUGCUGGAGGAGGGAGGUGCAGGGGGGCUGAGAGCCAAGGAACAUCAUGCCUCCUACACAGGGCUGAGACACAACACACAAAGCAGCCAUAUGUUUACUGUACUCUGGGUAAUGGUCAUCCCACUCGGCACACACUGGUUGAAUAAACAGUGUUUCCACGUCAUUUCAGUUAAAUUAACAUUGAAUUGAUAUCUGUGCCCAGUGGGAUGUUACUAACACUGACUUUGAAUUGUCCCCUACUGAAUCUUAUAGUUUCUCUAUCCACAAAAUUACCGGUUACAUUGUUCAGUGUCAGCAGCAAGAAAAAAUAGCAUGUGUAAUAUCUACAUACCCCUGCUGAUCGAACAGGCCCUCCCCCCACUCCAGUCCCCUGGGAACGUAGGGUGGCAGGUCUUCUGGCCUGGACACCGGCUGCAUGUGAUGGUACACACAUAGUUUGACUUUGAGAACCAUACUAUGAUACACUUAUCUCUCAAGUUCAAUGUGUCACGCAUUCUAAAUUCAAUUAAGGAAUCAGGAAGAAAAAGUUAUUCAAUUCAAUGACGGAAUAAGAGUUCUGACUUGAACUAUGGAGGUAUGUACCGGUGAGCUUCCUUGCAGGGUUGCUCUGGGGCUGGGCCCGGAAGUCUAGCAGAGCACAGGGGGAGCAGGAAGGAUGGGUUAUGGAUGAAGGGUUCUGGGUCCACGGACUGUGGCACACCCUAAACACAUGCUUCUUCCUGUAGGAAAAUCAAACCACUAGCAUUAAAGAAAUCGUAUCACUUUAUGUAAUGCUUCAAUCAAUUCUUGUUCUAAUGGUACGUCAACAGAGCAUUAAUUGAAUGUUGCAUUUGAAUACACAGAUGACCUUUUAAUCAGAAGAAAGGGUGUGUUGUCAGGGCAGUUGAUCUCUGUUGCAGGGAUGCUUGCCUCUUCACAGGACAAAGUGUCCUCUCUGCAGCUCUCCACUUUCUCAUGAUGCUCAGCCCAGGCCUUCUGUGGCUUUAUCCCAGUACAGCGUGCAGGUGUGUACCAUGCUAUGGCCUAGCCACCCACCAGAGUAUGCAGAUCAUUACAUGUUAUGUAUACAGCACAUUCAAUGCUAACAUACAAGAUACUUGUAGGAAAUGUGUUUUUAGAUUAAUUAUGUGAAAAAGGGCAAAUAAUGUAGUCCUGGAUCAAUUAUAUACUAUCAGUCUAUCAAACCAUAGGGGCAGAACACUCAAUCAUCCUUCACCCCUCACAGUGUUCUCACUUGGCCAUUGUCUUUGCAUAGGACUGUGGUGCACUCUGGUCUCAACAUGAUGCGCUCCAACCCAACCCAAAGGAAGUCCCCUGGGCUCUGUGUCUUCCUUCCAGAGGCUUCAGACCAAACCUUAUAGUACAGUACAAAUCACGGUCAAAACUGAGUCGACUUCAUAAACCUCUGUCAAAGCAUAAACUACCUCCUAGAAUGAUUAAGUUGUUCAAUUGAAAAUUAAGAGCCUUUUUUUGUAAACAAAAGUCGAUAUACUAUGACAAUCUAUACCAAUGUUCACCAAAGGAUUAAUGUAUGUGUUUUCAUCACAGGCCUACCGUAACAGAGCUAGCUGGCUGGAGGAGUGUUCUGGGAGGGAAGAGGAACUCUGCGAUGGGACGUCCUGCUACGUUCUGCUGGAGACGGAACCCCCCAAUGUCCUGCUCUCUCUGGGAGGAGUUUCCCAGCCUCACUAACAGACCCUGCAGCUGGACAUCUGUGAUCCGCACACUGCCUGAGGCACUAUUGCAUAGCACCUCCAUCAUCAUCCUCAUAAUCACCUCCAUCCUCAUCACCUCCAUCAUCAUCACAAUCCUCUCCAUCAUCAUCACAAUCCUCUCCAUCAUCAUCACCAUCCUCUCCAUCAUCA